UCCACGUACCUCUUUGGUUCUCUGCGGACCAAAACACAGACACGUUCCCCUUGUCUCCAUUUCUUUGACAUGCACACACACUCUGAUUCCUCUAAUUCACUACUGCAACUACUACCACUACCAAUGCUCUGAAAUUGAAUCCAACACUGAUUCAGAUUGAGAUUCAGAAGAAGAAGAAGAAGAAGAUGCGGAUCCUCACCAACCGCGACGGAUUCAGAAAAACCACCGUCACCACCACCGCCUCCAAUUACCAUCUCAAAUCCCACAUCUCCACCUGCAGAGCCAUUCUUCUUCGCUCAUUCGGUGGUCCAGAGAAGCUCGAGCUCCACACAAAUGUUCCAGUUCCUCCUCUCAAACCGCACGAAGUCCUCGUCCGCGCUCGCGCCGUUUCCGUCAACCCUUUGGAUACCCGAAUGCGUGCUGGUUAUGGGCGUUCCAUUUUUGAGCCGCUACUGCCGGUCAUUUUGGGACGGGAUGUCAGCGGCGAGGUGGCGGCGGUCGGAGGUUCGGUACGGGCGGUGAGUGUGGGCCAGCAGGUUUUUGGGGCUCUGCAUCCUACUGCUGUGAGGGGCACUUAUGCUGACUAUGCUAUUCUCUCCCAAGAUGAAGUUACAACAAAACCAGAUUCACUUUCUCAUGUGGAAGCAAGUGCCAUUCCUUUUGCAGCACUGACAGCUUGGCGUGCUCUAAAAAGUACUGCUAGAAUUAGUGAGGGACAAAGGAUAUUAGUAGUGGGAGGUGGAGGAGCUGUAGGGCUUUCUGCAAUUCAGAUUGCAGUAGGAGCUGGUUGCCAUGUUACCACUACUUGUGGAAAACAGAGCAUUGACCGAGUGUUAGAAGCUGGUGCUGAGCAAGCUGUUGAUUAUGUUGAUGAGGAUGUUGAAUUGGCUAUAAAGGGGAAGUUCGAUGCUGUUUUGGAUACUAUUGGUGUGCCAGAGACAGAACGAAUGGGCGUUAAUUUUCUAAAACGAGGGGGGCACUACAUGACACUUCAGGGUGAGGCAGCAUCAUUGGCUGAUAGGUAUGGGUUGACUAUUGGACUUCCUGCAGCUACAGCUGUUUUAUUGAGAAAACAGAUGCUAUACCGAUUCUCUCCAGGAAUAGAGUACUCAUGGACGUACAUGAGGGCUGACUUAGAAGGUUUAACUGCGAUUCGAAAGCUAUGUGAAGCUGGGAAGAUGAAGAUACCUGUGGAGAAAACGUUUCCCAUAACACAAGUAAAAGAGGCUCAUGAGGCAAAAGACAAGAGAAUCGUUGAAGGUAAAGUGGUGCUGGAAGUUGAUUGACAUCUUCAAGCUCAUCUAGGAGUUGGUUAAACUAGACUUUCCCCACUUUUUUUUUUAUGGGUAUCCUCAUAAAUGGAUUGUUCCACAUUUAAUUGAAAAAUGGAUAGUUUUUUUUUUCUGGGUUUUUACUGUAAGAUAGAAAGUGAACUUUCUUGUAAAUUUUGAUUUAUAAUAUCCAAUCAUAAAAAUCUGUAAAUUGGUUUAAGUUUGUGUGGACCUUCACAACUGUCCUCUUUUGAAGUCAUGUCAACUUGUGAAAGGUGCAGCUGUGGCGUUAUUCCUCUA